AUGGUGUGGCCGGUGCAGAUCUCUCUGCUCCUGAAGCUCGGCCAAUACUCUGCCCUGGUCCUCAGCAUGGCCUACAGUGCCAAGCACUACAGUUAAAAACCCCUGGCAGAAGAGGAGAGGAGGGUAACAGCUGAGGACAAGAAGAGGCAGGAAGAACUGAAACAGAUUGAGAGAGUACUGGCAGAAGCUCAACAUGACAGAAUAUUAAAGUGAGGUGCCAGCAG